GACAAGCGUUAAAUUUGUGCAAAGCGCGUCUUUUUUGAACAAAUUUGCCAGAAUAUCUUACAAAAACCAGGGUAAAGAAAGUUUAAAACAAAUUUUUAAGUGUUUUUUAUAGCCCAAGAAAAAAACAUAGUGUAGAAGUGCUUUUUGACGGAAUAAAUCGCUUCAAAAAUCGGCUAACCUCAACCUGCCCACGUUUGUAAACAAAACCACCGUCCAGAAUGUCCGGAAUCCUGUUCGAGGACAUCUUCAACGUGAAGGACAUGGACCCGGAGGGCAAAAAGUUCGACCGAAGCAGCCGGCUGCACUGCGAGUCCGAGUCGUUCAAAAUGGACCUCAUCCUGGACAUCAACUCGUGGCUCUACCCGAUGGAGCUCGGGGACAAGUUCCGGCUGGUGCUGGCCACGACCCUGCACGAGGACGGAACACCCGCCAGUAUGGAGUACAACGCGGCCGAAAUCGAGGGCUCCCGGGCGGACAGUUUCGAGUACGUCAUGUUCGGCAAGGUGUACCGGAUCGAGGGCGAUGACGCGCAAACGGAAUCGGCCAACCGACUGUCGGCGUACGUGUCCUUUGGUGGGCUGUUGAUGCGACUGCAGGGCGAUGCGAACAAUUUGCACGGGUUCGAAAUCGAUCAGCACAUGUAUCUGCUGAUGAAGAAGCUGGCGUUUUAGGCGGCUGCUGCUGCUGCUUCCGGUUCUUUGGUUAAGGUAAUUUUGACUGCGAAUAAAACUGCUAUUACGGUU